AUGUCUUCUUCUCAAUCCUCUUCACAAGAACUCUCUGAUAUGAGAACCUCCCAGCCUCUGGAGACAGACCAGCCCAAGGCCCAGCAUUCCAUGGACCCUCAAAAGGCUCCCGAGACUACAGAGCCUAGCCUCGAACUCCGUGGAGGUGGUGCCUGCGAUGGCAGACUUUGUGGCAUUAUUCCUUGCCCCAUUCCCGUCAACUGCUGGAUCAUCCCUUGCCCCUGCUGUUAA